AUGUCCACAUACGACUUUGUUAUUGUUGGAAGUGGUCCAGCUGGUAGUGCACUCGCCGCCCAGCUUGCCAACUCGAAUGGAAAGCCGCAAGUCCUCCUGCUGGAAGCAGGUGAAAAUAAAGAAGAUAAGAAUCUUCGCGCGGAUUGCAACAGCCGCGAGAUUGACUAUAGCCGUGGGCGUUGUAUGGGUGGAUCAAGCGCCAUCAAUUUUGGCGUUUAUAGUGUCGGUGCCCGCGAUGACUAUCAGGAAUGGGCGCGCAUUGUUGGCGAUGAGAGCUUUGGGUGGCAGAAUAUCCAGAGGAGAUUGAAAGAUCUUGAAACCUUUCACGGGGAGAUCCCAGAAGGCAUGGAUAAGAAAUAUGCCAACCCAAAGGGAGACGACCAUGGCAGCAAAGGUCCACUGCACGUUGGCUUCGCACGAGAAUGGGAAAGAGACUUGCCAGAACUAUUGGAUGUCUUUGAGCAAGCUGGAUUCCCCCUGAACCCCGACCAUAACUCCGGUAACCCUAUUGGAAUGUCCGUGUUGAUUAAUUCGGCUCAUCAAGGUUUGCGAUCGACAGCGGAGGAUCUAGUCGCUGGCGACAAGAAUAAUUUGACGAUUGCGACCGAUGCGCCGGUGCAGCGUGUGAUUUUGGAAGGGAAAAAGGCCGUCGGCGUCGAGGCGAAUGGCAAGAAAUAUUUCGCUUCGAAGGAGGUAAUUCUCUCCGCGGGUUCGCUCAACGACCCUCGUAUCCUGAUGCAUUCAGGAAUCGGCCCGGCUGCUCAAUUACAAAAACAUAACAUCGAGGUCGUUCAAGACACACCAGCUGUAGGCCAAGGACUUCGCGAUCACUGCUUCGUGCCAAUGGUCAACACUCGCACCGAUACCAGUACCGACCGGAAGGCUUUCUAUGGCUCUCAAUCUGCCAUGGACGCCGCCAAAAAGGAAUGGGAAGAGAGCGGAACUGGCCCGUGGGCAAAGUUCGCUUGUGAAUUAGGUAUUGGCUGGUUCAAGCUUACCGAGCAGAUUACUUCGACGCCAGAGUUCCUUGCACUCCCAGCGGAUGAGCAAAAGUACCUCCUUCAAGAGACCGUUCCGCACUACGAAAUCAUCACCCAUUUCCCUAUUCAUUGGUUCAUUCCAGACUUCCCGACCGAGGCUUUGAACUACUCUUGUCUCCUCGUCUUCUUGUUUAAUGCGCAGACUCGUGGAGAAGUCACUCUACAGUCGUCAGACCCUGAUGCUCCGCUCCAUUUCAAUCCGAAAUUCCUCGCCCAUCCGUUCGAUCGUCGACUUGCGAUAGAAGCUUUGCGCGACUCUUUCCGUGUUGCCAAACAUGAAUCCUAUACGAAAGACAAUGUUGCCGAGCUAGCCAUGCCCAAGGGAGAGUCGGAUGAGGAUUUACUCGAAUACUGGCGGGCGAACAUUUCUUCAAGCUGGCAUAUGACAGGAACCGUCAAAAUGGGAAAGAUUGGCGAUUCCGACGCUGUCGUUGAUCCGGACUUCAAGGUUAUUGGCAUUGAGAACCUGCGGAUAGCUGACAUGAGUGUUGUGCCAGUAUUGGUCAACGCCCAUGUCCAAGCAGUAGCCUAUGUCACCGGCGCAACAUGCGCUGAGAAGCUGAUCAAGGAGUAUGGUCUGGCUUAG